AUGGGAAGAGAAUUGGAUUUUGAGAUGGGUGGGUGGUGGGAUUCAAAGGAAAUAAUACAAGUUCUUUUAGGAGUUCCCCAAGGCGUAAGUCAUAGAUUUGAGCCCGUAACCAUCCCGGCUUGCAAACCCUCCUUCAAUAGAGUGGUACAUCCCCGUGGUCAUAGAGUACAACACACCGCUAUCCCUGUAAAACUUGUUGAAGUAAAUCGUGUUCUCCAACCCAUGGCAUGGAGUCUCGGCAACAAACGAGCCGUUGAUGCUCACGUACAUGCACUUGUCCCCCAAACUCUUGACCCUCCUCCAACGCAACCCCCCAAAAUCCCAUCUCCUCACGCUCACUUUCUUCUUCACAUCCGAGACAAACACGGCCAAUAUCUCACCUUGGGCUUCUGCAAGGUAUAUUUCAUUUUUCCAUUGAUAACCCUCCUCCUCCUCCUCCUCCUCCUCCUCCUCCUCCUCCUCCUCCUUAUCCUUGGGCCUGGGCACCCACUGAGGACGGCCCAUUCUUGUUGGGUCGAAUGUCACCAAGUCCCUCCAGCGAGGAGAAUCAUGACUCAGGAAGUGGUAGACCCCACUGUGGAAAAGCGGGGGGCAGUCCUUGGAUUCAAUAUAUUCCCUGCCGAAAGGGCCUAUAUUCCACCGCAUCUCCCCGAACCGAAUGAGCCCGAAUCUGUUCCACCUGAAGAUCCCAAAAACGAAGCAGCAGUCGGAAGUUGGUGGGGACGUGAAGCAGACGGAGUCGAAAGGUUUGCGAGUGCGGGGGAGCUCGAAUCUCUCCCACGUCAGGGGAUUGAAGAAAAACAUUAG